AUGGACAGAUUAAUUCAAAUUAAUAAUACAUUAUUUAUUGAUUUAAAUAAUAAUAACGAACAAAUUGAUGGAACAGAAGAUUUUAAUAUUUUUGAUAUAAAUGAGGAUGAAUAUAUUUUAAAUAACGAUGGAAAUAAUAUAGAAAUACAAUAUAAAUUAGAAAUAAAAAGGUGUGUGGAUAUUUUUGUUAAUUUAUUAAAAGAUCAAAAUGUACAAUAUGAGAAUUAUAAAAAAAUGAUGGAUAGUAAUAUAAACGUAAUUAAAAUGAUACAAGCUAUUAAUAAUUGCGGAUUAAAAACAGAAGAGUUUCAUUCUACUAGAUUAAUGAUGAUCAUAUAUUUAAAGAAUUACCUUUCUGAAUUUAUAAAUACAUAUAUUAAAAAUAUUGUUAGCUCUUAUGAAAAGAAUAAAUAUAAAAAGGAAAUAAAUAAUUUUAAUAAUUUAAUAUAUACUAAAAAUGAUAAGAUGGUAGACAAGGAAAAAAAUCAUUUUUAUUCAAAUGAACAACAGGGAAUACAUAAAAAUGAAGAAGAUAAAAAUAAUAUGAUGGUACCAAAAUGUGUACAGAAUAAUUUUCCAUUUAUUAGUUUUUUAAGAAAAGGAAUUUUUGAUUCUUACUGCAUAUUAGAAAAUAUAGAGGAUAAAUCAAAAAGUAUUACAAUAGAAGAAUGGAUAUAUUUAAAAGAGAAAAUUCUGACUUUAAUAAAAAAUUCUUGUGUGAUAAACCCAAAUCUAUGUAAUAAUAUAAAGGAGAGGUGUUGUAGCAAUUUUUUGGAAGAAAUUAAUAAGAAUAUGUAUAAAUCAUAUAAGAAAUAUAAUAGCAUAAUUGAGAUGAAAAAUUUUAAUGAAUGUUUAUAUUUUAUUGAUAUAUUUUUUAAUAUAUUUUUAGUUGAUUAUCCCUAUAAGUGGGAUAAUUUAUUAGAAGACCUUUUCAAUAACUUUAAUUUUAUUUCUAUAAUUAAAAUGGAUGAUUGUUCGAAUAUUCUAAAUAAAGAUUAUAAUGCAACUAUUAAUUAUAUUAUGAAAUUCAUUAACAAUAUGGAUAUAUCUAAUAGUGAUUUACACUAUAUCAGAAAUGAAGAAAAUAGUAAUAAGUAUAAGAUGGUGAUACAUUAUUCAAAGUUUUACAUGUUAAUGUUAUUAAUAAAUAAAAUUUUGAAAAAGUAUAUACCUCCAACAGAAGAAUUAAAUUCCUAUUCUAAUAUAUAUUAUACUUAUUUUAUUUCAAAUAUAAAUAAUAAUAAUAAAAAUUUGUUAGAAAAAGAAGAUGAUUAUCAUAUGUUGAAUAUACCUUGUGAAAAUUUAUUAGUUGGAUAUAAGGAUAUAAUAAAAAUAUACUUUCCAUUUUUCAGUAGAUUAUUAUAUUAUUUAUUGCAAGAGGAAAGUAAUGUAUAUAUUAUAUUUAUCAUAGAGAUGAUGGUAAAAUGUAUGUACAAAUUAUUAUUAUGUGAUUUGUGUAUAUUGUCAGAGGAGGUUAUAAAUGAGCAUGAACUUUUAUUUACAAAUAUAAUGAAAAUAUUAGAAAUGAAUUUAUCUGAAUAUGUAAAUAAAAUAUAUUUUAUGAAUAAAGAAGAAGCAUUAAAUGGAGAAUCCAUAUCUGUUUCUAAAAUGUUUGAAGAAGGUUCUUAUGAAAAUAUAAAUGAAUUAAUGAAUAAUAAUGAGGAGAAUAAUAUAGACAAAUUAUAUUUAAAGAUAUUAUUGAAAAGUAAGAAAUGGUCUUUGAAAAUAUUGAAUAUGUUUUUAUAUAGAUCAAUUCAUUUUGAUGACAUGAAUGAUACUUGGAAAAUAUUUCUUAAACAUUUUGAGGAUAAAUAUAUAAUAUUUUUAGAAAAAAUAACACUUUUGAUAUUAAAAAUUAUGAUGAAUACUAUAUAUUCUGAUGAUGAAAGGAAUAAUACUAAUAAAUUAUUUAGUUAUAUAAAAUAUGUAAUAAAUUAUACAGAUUAUAUGAAAUAUUCUGAUAAAUGUUUAUCUCUUGCUUUGAAUUAUGUGUCCAUGAUUAUAUCUUUGGAUCAUUUAAAAAUGUUUAUAUAUCAAAAUGUUUUAAGUGAUAUAUUUCUGAAUUGUCUAUUUAUCCACAUAGAUAAUAUAACCCACAUAGAAUGCAUCGACAACUUCCAGGUACAUCAAGCAAAGAAGAAAGAAGAGAAGAAACUGGAAGAUAACUUAAAGUUUGAGAAAUACAUUAUAUGUUUUGAAAAACAUACAAUAUUUAGAAACUACUUAUUAAGUUGCUAUGAUGAUAGCAGCUCGAAGAGUAUACUGAAGAAAUAUAUUAACUAUAUAAUAUAUUUAUUUUGUGAAUUGUUAUGUAAGUACUUUUAUGAUAUAAUAUUUUACUUAGAUGAAAAGAUCAAAGAGAAUUUAAAAAUGUAUUUAUUAUAUCAAAAUGUAUAUAUGAAUUUAUUAUAUCCUGAAAUGUAUAUAAAAAAGGAUAUUAAUUUUUUGAAUGAUGAUAAAAUAAGUAUCAAGACUUAUAAAAAAAGUACCUUAUUUUUCAACGCAGAAAUUAAUAUAAAUACAGGUAAUCAUUAUAUAUAUAUAAAUAAUAUUAUUGAUUAUAUAUCUGAGAUAAUACGAAAUCAUAUGAAGGAAAAUAAGAUAGAUUAUAAUUUUGAUUUUUCGAAUUUUUAUUUGUUAAACAACGAUACGUUUAAUAGUAUGAUAUAUAUUAUAAAGAAUUUGCCUUUAUACAAAUAUUCUGAGGAAGAUUUAAUAUUCAAAGGUUUAUAUAGUAUAAAUAAUGAGCAUAAUUUAAAUUAUAGUUUUAUAAUAAUGAAUGAUAUAAAUUUGUAUAAGUAUUUUUCUCUAUAUAUGUUUUUAAUAUAUUAUAAAUAUGAAUUUGUGAAGGAAAAAUUGAAAAAUAUAAUUUCAGAAAAGAAUGAGGAAUGUGUGGUGUCAAAUGAAUAUGUAAGUGAUGGUGAUAAUAGUGACACAUAUAAUAAAGAAAAUAAGAGGGAUAAUAAUAAAAAUAAAUAUUAUUAUAGUGACGAUAAAAAUAGUGGUACACCUUGUAAGAGUAAUUAUUUUUUGGAUCUUCAUUUUGGAAGUGAUAAAGAAAAUAAUAUAUCUAUAGAAGAUCUUAUGGAAGAAUAUUUUAGACAUAGAGAAAGAUAUAAAGAUUCAUUUUGUAAGGAUAACAAUGAAAUAGAAAAAUUUGAUCAUAUAGUAGAUAAUUUAAAAAAUAAGGAUAAGGAUUUUUUUCUCAAAUAUAUGUUGGUAAACCUUUUACAUCCUUAUUCUGAUAAUUUGAAGAGAAAAGUAAUGUGGAUGAUAAAAGAAUAUAUUCACAUAUUAACAUUUGAUGAUAAUGUGAUACGAUUUUUCUUUUAUGGUUGUUUUAUAAAUUUAUUUUAUUUUGAAAAGCAUAUAAAGUUAAAAUCAUUUGAAACAUUAAUUAAUUUAAUGUAUAUGUUUGGUAUUAAUAGUAAAGUAUUAUAUAAUGAUUUUAGAGAAGUUUUGAUAUUUUUAUUUUUCCAAUUAUUAAUAUUGUUUAUAAAAAAGGAAUCAUAUAGUGUUGAUAGUUUGUUAUAUGAAGAGAAUAGAGGUGUUAUUUUAUUUUAUAAUAAUGAGAAGAGGGAUUUAUUAAGAUUAUUGAAGGGUAUCACAGUAGAAGAAUUAAAGGAUAAAUUUACAGGAAAUAAUGAUGAUAAUAAUAUUAUUAAUUGUAAUAUAUGUAGUCAUUCUUUGGAAUGCCUGUACACAUCAUAUAACUGUUUUAGUGAUCAUUUCAUGAAUGAUGUUAUAUAUAAGAAUUUUUAUUUUUAUUUGGAAAAGAUAGAAGAGAAUAAUUUGAAUGAAUUUUUGAAGUUUAUUUCAUUAUUUUAUCAAAACGAAAUAAACAAUAACAUUUUUUUAUUCAUCAAUUUGUUAAAUGAAUCAUUGUUAGAUAUGGUUUAUAUAAAAAUUCGAGGAAAGGAUGAGGAGUAUAAUUUUUUAAGAAUAUUGAAAUUUUUUUCUUUUUUUUUGGAACAUUAUAAGAAUACAUGUAGUACUCAAGAUGUGUUGAUUGUAAAAAUAUUGCAGAAUGAAAAUUUUAUUAUAUAUUUCAAGAAUAUUAUUUUGAAUAUAUUGGAAAAUUUAAAAAAGAAAAAUAAGGGGACAUUAGUUGAAAAAGAAAAGCAUAGAUAUUUAUUACAUGAAGAAAUAUUAAAUGAGAUAUAUUAUAUAUUAUAUAUAUUUACGAAAAAAUCAUUAUUUAAUUAUAAAAUAUUUUGGUUCUAUUUUAAUUAUGGUGUAGCAUGUAUAUAUAAAGAUUUAAAGUUUUUCAGUAUAGAAGAGGACAUGAUAAAUGUAGACGAGAAGUUACAUAAUAUACCAAUAUAUAUAUUUCAAUUUUUUAAUAAUUUGAUAAGGAGGGAUAUCAUUAAUGUAUUUUUUUCUUUGGCAGUUGAGGAACCAUUUGAAUGUAAUGACGUCUUACCAAUAUCUUUAAUUGAAAUAUUAAGGAAGAUAAGUUUAUUAUAUUUAUGUGCAUCUGAUGAGAAUAUGAAUGAUCAAACCAUUUGUUAUAACAGUAUUGUUGGUAUAAAUGGAUUGUAUUUAUAUAACAAUAUAUUAUCUUAUCUUAUCAUGUUAUUGAUAAGGAAUAAUAUAUUUUUUACUUAUCCCUUGUGGUUUGAAUUGAAUAGAUGCUAUGAAAUAAUACACGAUGGAACUGUUUUAAGUGACAUGGACGAUUGUAUAUCAAAUUAUUCUUUUAAAAAAUAUGAUCCAUCUAUAGGAGUUAAUGAUAUUGGUAGUAAAAUGUGUUCAUUAAAUGGAGAUGUGGGCAUUGGAUUGGAUGAAAAUAUAUUGAAUCAAAAUAUAUUGAAUCAAAAUAUAUUGAAUCAAAAUAUAUUGAAUCAAAAUAUAUUGGAUGGACUUCCUAAAAAUGAGGAAUACGAUGAGAAUGCAAUUUUGGGGGGAACAAGGAAAAAAUUGAAGGAUAAUCAAUAUGUGAAUGAUAUGGAAGAAAUAAAAAAUGUGGAAUAUACUUUUUCGAAUGGAUGUGAAGACAUAUUAUUUUAUAAAGAAAUGAAGAAUUAUUUUAGAGAAAGAAAAAAGGGUGAAAGAAAUACCAAACAUGAAAAGAGAAAUAAUAGCAUGGGAGUUUGUGCUCAUAUAAAUGAGAGUACCUUUGAUAGUGAUGGUGAUAUAUAUGAUAAUAGAAAUAAUAACAUUAAAGAUAAUAUGUAUAAUAAUAAUAAUAAAGAUGGAAAUAUAAAUAAUAAACACAUUGUUUCAUUACAUAAUGGUAAAGAUUUAAAAAUUUCUGAAUUAAUGAAUACGCUAUAUUUCAACAUAUUUCUAUUAAAAGAUAAAAAGGAGGAACAUAUCAGAAAAUUAUUAAAAAGUUUGAAAUAUAUAAAUGAUAAUUUUUUUUUUUAUAAUUGUCAGAAUGAAUAUGAGAUAUAUAUGAUUAAUCUGAUGAUACAGAAAAAGAGAUAUAUAUAUCAGUCCUUUUCUAUAUAUGUAUUUUUAGAUAUACAACAUUUUUUUGAUAUUUUAGUGAAAGGAAAUAUUUUUGAUAAGGUGAUAGAUGAUUGGAUAAAUGACAUUUUUUAUAUAUAUCAGAAUUCGGAUGAUUUAAAAUAUUUUAUUUUUGCCUUUUCAAAUAUGUUGAUAUAUGUUUGUUUAUAUGAAAAGGUAAAGAAAAUGAGGGAUGACAAAAAUGAUAAAUAUGAUGUGAAUAAUAUGAAUGAUAAAAUUUUUUGUAUGGGGGAGGGGAAGAAUUAUGUUGCGAUGGAGAAUGAGAUGGAAUAUGAGCAUUUGUUUCCAUUUUUUUUUUUUUUCUUAAAGAAUAAAAGAAAUACUACAAAUAGUAUAAAUGGUAUUAAUAGUAUAAAUGGCAUUAAUAGUAUAAAUAACAAUUGUAUUAAUAAUGAUGGUAAAUUAUUUGAGGAUAUAUUGAAAAAGGAUAUGAUACGUAUUGAUUCCAUUAAUGAAUAUGCUACUAAUAAAUUGAACGAAAAGAUAACAAAAAUUAUUAAUGCUUUAAUAAAUAUUGUUUUGAUAUUACCUAUACCUUAUGAGGACGAUAUGAAAGUAUUUAAUAAGAAUCUUUUAAGAAGAUUAGCACCCAUAUGUGGAGAAAGAGAAAAUAUAAAAGAUAAUACUUUGCUUAAGCUUAAUAGUACUAAUAGUAAUAUAAUAAAUGGAAAUAAAUGUUGCUUGGAUAAUAUACAAUUUGAUGAUUUAAUUCAAAAUAUUUUAUUUAUGCAUUUAAAUAAUUACGAGCAAAAAUUUUAUGAGAGAAAUGAUAAAGAAGAACAACAUAUGAACAAGUCAUAUCAUUACAACGUUGUACAUAUAAAUAAAUUCGAUGAAUUAAAACUUAAUGGCAAAAAGGUUUCUAUACAUUAUUAUUUUCAGAAUAAUUCCAAUCAAGAAUUUAUAGAUAAGUUAAUAUCUGAUUGUAAUUGUAAUUAUUUUAAAAUAUCCUUUUAUGUGAAAAAAGCUUUUUCUUUGCUAACACAAAAAGGUUUUACCAAUGAUGAUUUGAUUAAUAUGAUUCGUUGUUCAGAUAAGUAUUAUAAUUUUAUAAAUAUAAUAAGUAUGGAUAUAUAA